AUAAAAUUCGAACACUUGGUGGCUUUCUCUGACUCUCAAGGGGCAACCGCAUAUUUAAUAGCUCAUGCUUCGACUCUUUCUUUUAACAUCUGAGUCUGCUUCAAUGGCUGAACUGGGUUCAGCACCCGCCAACAGGAUGUGUGUGGUGCCUGAGCGCACCAAACUGCAAAUAGCCAUGACGAUCUUUCAGUUUGGUUAUGCAGGGAACCAUGUUAUUUUGAGGGCUGCACUUAACAUGGGUAUAAGCAAGCUUGUUUUCCCUGUUUAUAGGAAUAUCAUUGCAGUGCUUCUGCUGGCUCCCGUUGCCUAUUUCCUGGAGAAGAAAGACAGGCCAGCCCUGAAUGCUACUUUUCUUAUACAAUUCUUCAUUCUUGGAUUUGUUGGAAUAGCAUCAAAUCAAAGUUUCUACCUAUUAGGUUUGGAUAAUACCUCACCCACAUUCGCUUCUGCUACAGAGAAUGCUGUGCCUGCUGUGACCUUUAUCUUGGCUACCUUACUCAGAUUAGAGCAAGUUCACUUGCGCAGGAAAGAUGGUAUAGCUAAGGUACUUGGCACUUUAACUUCCUUUGUUGGAGCUUCAGUCAUAACCCUUUACAAGGGACCAUCCAUAUACAGGCCAAAUUCCUCUCCAGACCAAGCAAAGUUAUUUUUCUCAUUAGGAGAUGCCAAUGUAAAGAAUUGGACUUUGGGUUGUAUAUCUUGCUUUGGCCAUUGCUUGUGUUGGUCCAGCUGGAUAGUGUUGCAAGCAAUAUUCUUGAAGAAAUACCCUGCUCCAUUCUCAGUUUAUUCGUUUACUUGCUUCUUUGGUACCCUGCAAUUAUUGGCCAUUGCAGCCUAUAUUGAGAGAGAUCCUCAGACAUGGCAGGUUCACUCUGGUGGUGAACUCUUCAGCAUUCUCUAUUCGGGAAUGAUUGUUUCAGGUGUUGGAUUUGCAAUACAAAUAUGGGUCAUACAGAGGGGUGGUCCAGUGUUUGUUUCAGGCUAUCUGCCUCUGCAGACUAUGCUCGUAGCUAUAAUGGCCUCCAUUGCUUUAGGUGAAGAAUUCUACUUGGGAGGACUUAUUGGAGCUACGCUAAUUAUUGCCGGGUUGUAUCUGGUCGUUUGGGGGAAAAGUGAGGAGAGCAAGUUUGCUACCACUAAAGUUGCCACUUCCUUUAUGUCCGAGAACAAUCAGGCAGAUGGUACAGGCAAAUCCUCUCUGCUUCAAGCAUUACUUCCUGGCUCCAGUGAAUAAUAAAUUGAGAAGAUGUAUAAAAAGAAUAAAACUUGUUAAGAUAAGGAAUUCUUGAGAGUAUGAACAGAAGCUUGCAGCUCUACACUCAAAUAGGUCAAAUUUUAAGUGACCAGAUUAAGAGCAGAUUCUGCAAAUGAAAGUAAGUUUGGAUAUUUCCCGGAUAAAAUGAGAUAGAAGGAAAAAGUGGUACCAAAGCAUAUCUAUCACUGUGAAUGGCAGAAGUAGCUUCAUCGUUAACAAGAAAAGCAAAGAGAUCCUCACAGUUGGCAAGGAUUUGACAACGUUGUAAGUUGUACUAUACUUCAAUACUCAUCUCCUGUCUAACUUUCAUGGACAAGCUACUGAAAUUUCAAUGAUUUAGCCCUUUAUUUUUUCGUAUAGCAUAAUUUGAAAUGAACUUGAGCUUUACGAUUGGACUGUCCCUUGUGUACGCAAUUAGUUUAUCCAUUUUUACAUUACCCUCA